AUGGACAAGCCCACAACUAUUAAAGAAGCGAUUAAAAAAUGGGAGGAAAAAACAGGACAGAAAGCAUCGGAAGCAACAGAAGUAAAACUUUAUGGACAGUAUCCCCCAACAGAAAAAAUGGAUGCUUCACUCUCCACUUUGACUAUGUGCGAAAAACUAUCACUUUCAACCAACUGUAUAGAAAAAAUUUCGAAUUUAAAUGGACUAAAAAACUUGAAAAUACUCUCUCUAGCAAGAAAUAACAUUAAAAAUCUAACGGGACUUGAACCAGUUGGAGACACGCUUGAGCAACUGUGGAUUUCCUACAACAAUAUUGAAAAGAUGAAGGGAAUUAACGUACUUAGAAAACUAAAAGUACUAUAUAUGUCAAACAACUUCGUGAAAGAUUGGAGUGAAUUUCAGAAACUAGCUGAUCUUCCAGUUCUUGAGGAUCUUCUCUUCGUUGGCAACCCAUUAGAGGAGAACAGUGGUGACAAAUGGAGAGAGGAAGCGUGUAAAAGGCUUCCCAAACUUAAAAAGCUGGAUGGUGUACCAGUACUGCAUGAUGAAGGAGAUGAUGAAGGAUAG